AUGAGAUCCCUGAAACACCUCAAACAUCACUCCAGGAACAAUGUGGAGGAGGAGAGUAGCCGCUUGUUGCGGACCUACCCCAAGAUGACUGAGGGCCAAGUGGACGUGGGCACGCAGACAGAGCCUGUGGUGGUGCUAUCUCUGGCUCAGGCGGCCGUUCUUGGCCUCAUCUCCCAGAAUGAAAUCUUCGGGGCCACCAUUGCUCCUAAUGGCUUUUACACGGGGGAGCCCAGAGAGUGUCCCCCUCCUCCACCUGAGGCUAUGGAGUAUGAGUACGCUGACCAGCUAAUAGGGGCCAACGGGGACUACCUGGCUGAGCCUGCUGGGGAGCCGGAGCCCCAGCCCCACUGCAGUGAGAGAAGACGGCCCGGGCCGCGUGGGAGGACCAAGAGGCCCAGGGGUGACGGAGAAUUAGAGGGUCACCCACACAAAGUGUCAAGUCCACAGGCUCAGAUUAAAGGUGAACAGCUUGAGUCUGAUACCCCUCCUUCCUGCAUUCACAUGAACAGCAGGUGUGGUCCUGGCAAGUCAGAGGAUCCAGUCACCCUACAGGGUUCACUGAAAGAGGAGCAGGCCUGCGGAAACUGUCCCUCGUGUGUGAGGGAUACAUCCAGACCACAAACAGAUGGACAGCCAGAACAGGAACAAGAAGAAAACACUGGUAGAGAAAGAGAGAGGAAGGAAGAAGAGUUGGUGGUGGAGGAAGAAGAAGAGGAAGAGGCACUAAACCUGAAGACCAGUGGAGACUCUGGCAGUCCUCUGGAGAAUCGCUAUUAUGAGUCCAAUGAGGUGGCCUACGAGUCUGCUGACAUGGCGCUGCCAGGGGAGUAUGAGGAGAACAGCCAGGCCAUGCUGUGGUCUGACCCAGAGGGCCUGGCCAGGCGAAUGCAGAUUGACCGGCUGGACAUCAACGUACAGAUCGAUGAGUCUUACUGCGUAGAUGUGGGAGAGGGUCUGAAACGCUGGAAGUGCCGCAUGUGCGAGAAAUCAUACACAUCCAAGUAUAACCUUGUCACUCAUAUUCUAGGCCAUAAUGGAAUUAAGCCCCAUGAAUGUCUGCACUGUGGAAAGCUCUUCAAGCAGCCGAGCCACCUCCAGACUCACCUGCUCACCCACCAGGGAACCAGACCUCAUAAGUGUACCGUUUGUGAAAAGGCCUUCACGCAGACCAGCCACCUGAAGAGGCACAUGCUGCAGCAUUCAGACGUCAAGCCCUACAGCUGUCGCUUCUGCGGCCGUGGCUUUGCCUACCCGAGCGAGCUGAGGACCCAUGAGAACAAACACGAGAACGGCCAGUGCCACGUCUGCACCCAGUGCGGCCUCGAGUUCCCGACCUACGCGCACCUGAAGCGCCACCUGACCAGCCAUCAGGGCCCGACCACAUACCAGUGCACAGAGUGCCACAAGUCCUUCGCUUACCGCAGCCAGCUGCAGAACCACUUGAUGAAACACCAGAACGUGCGGCCCUAUGUUUGCCCAGAGUGCGGCAUGGAGUUUGUCCAGAUCCACCACCUCCGACAACACGCUCUCACUCACAAGGGUAUGAAAGAAUUCAAGUGUGACGUCUGUGCCAGAGAGUUCACCCUGUCAGCCAACCUGAAGAGACACAUGUUGAUCCACGCCAGCGUGCGGCCCUUCCAGUGCCACGUCUGCUUCAAGACCUUUGUCCAGAAGCAGACCCUUAAAACGCACAUGAUUGUGCACCUGCCGGUCAAGCCUUUCAAAUGCAAGGUGUGCGGAAAGUCGUUCAACAGAAUGUACAACCUCCUCGGCCACAUGCACCUCCACGCCGGCAGCAAGCCCUUCAAGUGCCCGUACUGCACGAGCAAGUUCAACCUGAAGGGCAACCUCAGCCGACACAUGAAGGUCAAACACGGUAUCAUGGACACCUCAAUAGACGGACAAGAACCUCCUCAGGACACAGAAGGCCAGGAGGACUACGAAGAGGAGAGCUUUGAAUUCAGCGAGCGAGAAAAUCGGGCUAACAACAACAACACACCAGACAUUGCUAAACUAUCUCAAAUGGAGUAUUAUAGCACCUAUGGGAAGGGCGCAGGGCGCUUCAGCACAGCAUGAAUUAUUAAAAUCACCCCAAAUUGAAUAUAAGUGUGAACUAAUGAAAACGGGAUUGUUUUUUUUUUUGUUUGUUUUCCUCAUUUUUUGCUGUUAAAGGCAUAGUUGAUCGGGUUGUUCUUCAAGGGUGUGAAGCAACCCAGCAAACUGCACAUUCGUAUGCACUGGAAUCACUCGGAAUGCUACAAAAUUUGGAAGUGUAUAGUUUUUACCUUAUUACAUAUUUUUCAUCUCUACAACACAGCUAAUCUACUGAAUAAAUAUAUAUUAUAUUUGAGAAAAGCGGACUGUCUAAAACCGGAGCAUUUAGGUGAAAAAAAAAAAAAACUAUAGAAAUACGUAUAUGUUGUCAGCUGCUUACCUACAGGAACAUCAUCUGAGCCUAAUUUGAAAAGCACAUUUUUAGCUACAAGCAUAAAAGCAUAUGGUGAUGUUGUGCUGCACUUAUUCAGACAAUCCCGGUCUCUCUCUCAGUCUACUGGGGUAAACCAAUGUGAAGGCUUAAAGAAGGGAACAAGUGUUACUGUUCAUCUCACUUGCCAAAGCUUGUCAAGUUGCAGAGGUUAAUGAUUCACUUUGAUUUAUACUGUGAUAAUUUACAUUCGAGGUCUGCAAAAUGAAUGAAAUUCCACUGGACUUGCAAUCCGUGUUUUGUUGUAUAUUAUUGUACAGAAUGUAUCAGUCGUCUCGUACGUUGGCUGGUACCGUUAUCAGUGCGUUGCACCGAGGACCACUGUGUCUACUCUUUAGGUUUCUGCAUUAACAAGCAUCACCCUGUAUUGAUCUCUAGUCUAUGAAUGUAACUGUUUCUGUGGAAUGUUUUAAGAUGCUAACGAAAAGAAAUUCAAAAUACCCUUUUUAAUGGUAGGACCCCUUUACCAAAGAAUUGGAUCAAAUCUUGCAGCUACGGGCACUGUAAGUCUCUUUUCCUUGCUGUUGUGUUGAGCUGGGACAUUGGAUUUCUUGGGGUCCAAUCGCAGACCUCAUGAAAUUACAUUCAGGUUCCCCUCCCACCCAUCUCUAGAUCUCUUCAAAAGAUUACCACUGUGGUACAGCUUCUCUUUCAACAAAUCUCACCAUUUCCCCCGAUCCAGGCCUUCACGAGUCAAGACUGCAGCAUUUUUCAAAAGCAAUGCAAACCCUGCAUUCGUUUUGCAGGUUUUUUUUUUUUCUUUUUUUUUUUUGAAUGGAUGAAUCUCAACAAGAAUUGUCCCAAAAAACUCGGACAGAAAUAUUAAGUGCCCCAGUGUGUCUGCAAGAGCAUGCCAUCCAUCAUGCUGUACACUGGUCUCAAGUGAUGAACGACAACCUCCCAACAUGUGACAGGGCCGUGGACCUUGUGGAAAAUGAUUUGGGAAAUGCUCAAUAUAUUCAGUUUCCCAGUGCUUAGCUUCUCAAACGUGUAACCUGCAAACAAGGUAUCCAUUUGCAAUGUCGAUAUAGUGCAUUUAAAAUAAAAACGCUCAAUUUUUUGAGUUUUUCUGCUUAUGUAUUCAUGUCGUCACAGUUUUAGUGAUGAUGCAAAGGGGAAGAUGUUCAUCUUAAAUGGCUUUCUGUAUUAGACAUUAGUGUGGAGAUAACGUGGAUAGAGACGUAUGUAUAAUGUUGUGUACCAGACAAUACUGUAAAAUAAUAAAU